AGGAAUCUGUGAUCGCACAUAGCAACGAUCAGCUGAGAGCAGAAAGGCUUCGAAAUCAAUCGCAAUAUUUGUAGGGUUUCCCUAUUAUCCGAUAAGAUCUGCAGGCAAGGAAGUCAUCUUCAAUUAUCAAUUGGUCUCUUCGUACUUGGGUUGGAUUUAAAUCGGAGAAUUAUAUUCUGAGAUCGGAAUUCGCAACGAAGAGACUCCCUGCUGCUCGGAAUUGCUGAAGUAUCAACCACGUUCAUUUGCUUGGUAAGUGAAGAAAAUUGAAUUUGUGGCUACCCAAGCUGGUCGAUAAGAUAAUUCAAAAAAUUAUACCAGACUGUGUUGUUUGUUCAUUACUUUAUGAACAUGAAUGAGUAAAGAAAAUUUAAUCGCUAGCUGAUCGAUUAGAUAAUUUAAAAUGUUAUACCAGACUGUGUUCUUACAUUAUUUGUAUAAACAUUAGUGAAGAAAAUUGAAGUAAGAAGAUUUAUUUUGCAAGCUGAUCGAUUAGAUAAUUCGAAAAUUGAGACUUUGUUUUUGCAUUAUUUAUAAACAAUAAGUGAAAAAAAUUGAAGUAAGGAAAUUGAGUUUAUGUUCGUUUAUUGAUGAGUUUAGAAAGUGAUACCAGGCUGUGUUUUUACAAUAUUUAUGAACAUUAAAUGCUUUUGAAAAUAUUGUUGUCCGUGUUUUGAAAUAUAUAUAUUCUAUAAAUAUUUUCAAUUUUGUCAUAUCUUAUGAACAAUAUACAUUGCCAAUUGUUCUGUUUUAAGAAAUUUCAAUUAAAUCACUUAUUUUGACUUUUUAAGCACAUCAAAUUUUCGGAUACAUAAAAGCUGUAAACAAGUUGAAGAAUCAUUGACUCUAAUCAAAUAGCUUGAGGAUUGAAAACCUAGAAGUGGUUUACAUACGAGAAACAAAUUAAAUUAAAAAGAAGAACAAACGAAUUCUCGUUGUUUGAAACACUUUAUAAGAGUUCAAUUUACUUUUAGCAUAAACAAUGCACUUUGAUGCAUUUUAAUGCGUUGAUACUGAUACGCGAAAAAGAAAUACUUUAUUGAUACCUUUAUAUUCUAUUUAUCGAACUGGCCAUGGUGCAGUUGUUUUAUUAUGAAAAUCAUGGACAAGCUUGUCGAAAAAUUUUGAAUCAUGAGGGAUCCCCCAGCAAAAUUUUCCUGUUCGCUGAUGAAGGGUAUGCCAAGACUGCCCCCACUGCCCACUGGAUACUAAAACGACCGUGGUGGAGUAGAACUUUUUGCAAGAUUACUGAAAUAACAGCGACUAGAAGGGUCAGUGCUCGAGGCAAAAUUGUGGAUCUGGGUCGUGGAAAUAUGUGUAUUAAAGGACGCUUUAAAGGAAUUGAGGAUCCAGAUUUCAAAAUGUAUCUGACAACGCACGUGAGUCAAUCAGACUUUCGACAAGGAUACAGCAUGACGGGAACUCUAGAGCGGGGCUACAAAAAGAAAGGUGGGCUUCAUCUUACUCACUUCGCCAUGCUGAAGCGCAAAGAUUACCUGAAGGAUGAUAACAACAACAAAUGAAGGUCUCAAAAGAAAAAUUAGUAGCAUCAAACAUUCCCUCUUUCAUCUAGUCAAUUCCUGAUCGUGAUACAUAUUUAUAUCAAAGUUUAUUUAACAGUAUCUUUCUACAGAGGGCAGGUAUAGUCAAAUUACGUUUUAUCGCAACUUUAAGAGACGUAUUUGAAAUUUCACUACAACUGGGCUUUCAUUUCACCCAAACGUUAGAAGAAUAACAAAAACCCUAUUGAAAAAAAAAAAUUUCUAACAUGCUUUUAUAUAUUAUAACAAUAUUAUUCACUAAACUUAUUCUGAUAAUUUAACAUGUUAUUAAUAAUUUUUUUUAAUUUUGUUUACUAUUUAAAUAGAUGAGUGAUAACUAGCAAUAUUAACAAUUUGUAAAAAAAAUAAAAAAUAAAAAUACAUGCAGAACUGCUUAGUGUAUAUAAACAACAAUGCUUGGAAACAUUACAAAGUAAAAACUAAAGCUCAAAAAUUAAAAUUUUCAGAAGCUUUUUGAUUUAUUUGUCAUUACUAUUUGUUUACAAAAAAUUCAUUUUAUAAAUGUAAAAACUAAAUAUGCAUUUUUUGUUAAUUACACUGUAAAAUUUUUUUCCUUUAUGUUGCAGACCUUAGAUCUUUUCGCCUCGAUGAUUUCAAAACUACAAUCGGUUUCCAGCUCAAGCUGCAAUUUUUAUACAAUUUAAUAAUAUAGAGCGAAACAAGAUUUUUUAAAUUUCACUCGAUUGAAUACUAAGUGUCUCACAUCUCUGGUACGUAGGGCAUUGUAGGACGAAAGUGAUAAAAUAUUACAGUUUAUGAUGCGAUACGUAAUAUAUGUUUCAAUGUUAUUUUCAAAGGAGCAGAUGCGUGUAUAUCUAUGUCUACAAGCAUAUAAGCACUACUAUGCUAUAUAAUGUACAAAUUUAUAUCUUUAUAAAUUUGUGAAUUCUGACGAAAAUAAACUAAACUAAAAAUGCCAUUUUGAAAAACAAUCUGUAGCUUUCCGAACAAAACUAAUUUAAGAUUCGAAAUCCCCAUGAUCGAAUUAGGUAAGAUAAAAUCAUUUACUUUUGUAUAAAGGCACUAAAAAAAUUUCCCCCGUGUUAUUUAGAUAGACGUGUAUUUAAUAAAGUAGGUAAUGAUAUUAAUUUUUGAUGAAAAAUGGUUUUGAAAAUACGUAAUGUGUGUAAAUUUCAUAUAAUUAGAAGUUUUAACAUGCAAAUGCACUGUAAAUAAAUUUAGCUAAAGUAAAAGUUCAGACAGUCUUUUACAGAAAUUAAAAACUUGUAAUUAAAAACAUUUUUUUUAUUUAUAUGUAUUAUAAUUAUAAAGUUCUCUUAAAAAUAUAAGUCACAAAUAACUAGCAACAAUUUUUUAAAUAAAGAUAAAUAAUCUAUUUUUAUUGAUUAAGUAGAUUUAGAGAUAAUAAAUUAGACUUACAUUAUUAGACUUUUUAUUAAUGAUAUCAAUGUUAGAAAAAAAAAUUGUAAAAAAUUUAAUUGUAUAUAAAUUAUUUCUGGCGGUAAUUUUUUUUCUAAAUAAAGAUAACAAAUUUAGGAGUUAAGUUAGGCUUAUAAGGAAAGUUGUCUGAAACGAAAUUUGACUAUAUUCAUAAACCAUAACACACUGCUUUUAUUAUUUAUAUUGCUUCUCUAUGUGAAUCGUUUUAUUGAAAUUUAAAUCAUAAUUAUUCAAAAUUGUCUUUUAAAAUUAAAUGGGCAAUAGCAGGUAACAUAAACGUACUAGACGAGUUCAGUUGCUUGCACCUUUCACACGUUUUAGCAAAAUGUAUAUUUAUGAUGCGAGCUCUUUGUUUCAAAGCACUGAAGCUGUCUAGCGAUUUUGUGGUACCAACUUUUCUAAUGUCUAACAAUCGUGAGAUUAACUCUCAGUGAGGUUGAUAGGUUUACUCAUUUCGUGAAGCGAUUGGAGUGGUGAGUAUUAGCUUCAACCAACCACAAAAGGGAAAUUAUAGCUUAGUUCAACGUGGCCGCCAAACCAAAGCAUUGUUUUCACCUAAAAAUAAAUAGACUAGUCAGUUACUAUAGCAACCGCCUCCUACACGUCUAGUGUCAGAAGCCAUCUCGUGAUUGCUAGAUUGUACUUUUUCUGACGCAUUUCGCUCAAGGCAAAAAUCACAGAUAAAUUUACAAACAGAUAUGUAAAUUACUCAGUUUAUUUGACUUUUUCAUGUAAAUUUAUGCCCCACAAUUUUUAGUUACCGUGUAUUUUCACAGUUAGUUCCCAGCAGCGAUUGAUGAUAUGUAUUAACAAGAUUAGGUAGUACCUUUUAAACUUACGCAGUAUAGCUGAUUCAGGUUCUUGUGCCAACAAAAUAUCUAUAUUAAAUUCUACUCUAUCCAGAUAAUUUUUGAACUGUUCUGGGUAGAGUUGUUCCAUCACUUAGGAAUUUUAUCACAUAAGAGAAGGAAAAAUAACUUUAUUUACUGCCCAGACACAAAAAAGGAGCUCUGCUAUUUUAUUUAUUUCACGUGUUAUUGCAAGUUGGAAAGAUACUUUUGAGUAACACAGUAUUUAAAGUCAAUUAUUUAUGUUUGCUUGUAUUGUAUAUUUAAUGCGAUUUACUGAAGUCUAUCAUAUUUAUAGAAUAAGACAUUUUGUUACCUUGUUAUGAAAUGAGGUUGUAAAUAUUUUAGCCCAAUAACUUCUCAAAUGUUCGAGAACAUUUAUGCAACGCAACGUUUUAUUUAUGGAACAACAGGACAGUUUGUCAGCCAAGUCAAGUUAUUUGAGUUCAGAUUUUGAGUUCUUUUAUGUCAUAGAAAGGUUAGGGACAUUAUAAUGAUAAAGCACUUUUUCGAACUGUUCACAUGCAUUUUUUAAAAAAAAAAUUUUUUUUUAAUGAAAAAUACCCCAAUUUUCUUAUGAGCAAUAAAAUGUUUUUGUGCAUUGUGCUAAUGCCAUAUAUAAACGUUCUUUUCUAAAUUAUCCUAACUUCAAUUUUGUUUGGGAUGUUAACAAAAUUUAUUUGUUUUAGAGAGAUAAAAUGAAUUAUUCUAAGCAAAAAUUCUAAGUUUGCGGAUUUAGUCAAAAUUAGAUUUAAUAAGGUAUUCGAGAUCCUUAAAUUUAAUUAAAUUAAACGAUUAAAAUACCUAAAAUGUUAUUUUCAUGCAUACUAACUAUUUGUGUCAAUAUUCUAAUUUUUAAUUAAAGCACUCUAAACUUUUUACCAAUGAUACUUAUCUUCACUCAUUUUAAAUUCAUGCACUGAAAAUAAAAUAAACUUUUGUAUUAAAUUUACAAACGUUUAAGUCAAGUUUUUUAAAAUUAACGUGUUAAUAUUAUAAUCUAAACACUUGAUGAAUUUAUGCACACCCACAAAACGACAUUAGCUUAUGACAAAGUCCUUCCGAAUCUAACAGUCGUCCAGACAUUAACACACAAAGUACAACAUGUAACAGUCUACAAGCAAACUAGAGAUGGCAGUUAUUUCAAAUAACAUUUACAUUUCAAACUGCAUUAGUUAUUUUGGGAGUUGUUUUGAAAAUAACACUUUUCUUUGGUAAGUAAGUUGCAAAGUAACCAUUAGAAUAUGUUGUAGUAAUGAUUUUACUAGGACAAAAGCAUUUUUUCAUUAGUUCUUAAGCUGUUUGCAUCAAGGGGAUGGUCAAAUAAUGGCGCAUGCGUCAAACUUGACCCAUUUAAUGAUUAUAAAUAGUUGGAAUCAGCUCUGAUACUGAAGUAAGUCACUGUUCCGCUUUUGUUUCAAUUAACUUUAUUAAAUCCAAAUCAUUGCUUAACCAUAAGUUUAAAAAUAAAAAACCACGUGCUAUUCCAUAACAGUCAAUCAGCCUCAAUUUUCCUAUUUAAUAACAGUUUCACUUUUGUGCCUGGAAUUCAAAUAUUAAAGAGAUCUGAAACCAAGAAAAUUAAAAUAACAUUUGUUUCAUUUGUUGACUUGAUAGCUUCCUCAUGGAUUCCAAAAAUAAAAAACCAAGUGUUAUUCCAUAGGAGUCAAUCAGCCUCAAUUUUCCUAUUUAAUAACAGUUUCAGUUUUGUGCCUGGAAUUCAAAUAUUAAAGAGAUCUGAAACCAAGAAAAUUAAAAUAAUAAUUUUUUCAUUUGUUGACAUGAUAGCUUCCUCAUGGAUUCCAAAAAUAAAAAACCACGUGUUAUUCCAUAACAGUCAAUCAGCCUCAAUUUUCUUAUUUAAUAACAGUUUCACUUUUGUGCUUGGAAUUCAAAUAUUAAAGAGAUCUGAAACCAAGAAAAUUAAAAUAAUAAUUUUUUCAUUUGUUGACUUGAUAGCUUCCUCAUGGAAUGACAUCAAAAAUGCUUAGACAUAUUUGAAUGGUUUCAUAAAAAAAAUUACUUUGUAUCGAGCAUUCGGAACGAACUCUUAAUAAUAACUUAUGCCAUAUCUCUAGUAAUUAUCCAUCCUAUGAACAUAAAGUCCAUGUAACUUUCCACUGUUGUAAACAUGUAUCUGUCCAUAUAUUUGCUUUAAAUAAAACGACAGAGUUUGAUAGAACAUUUUAAUAAACAACACAAGCCGAAACUUUUUCUGUGCAAUUUAUAACAUAUUUGAUAAGAAUACUUUUUUUUGGAUAUGUAUCUUAAUAAAUAUUUAUUGUUAAUGGUACUAGUUUUAAACCAAGUAUUGAAUUUAAUUCUUAAACAGUUAUGCAUAUAGUCGUUAUGAUUCAAUAUGCUAGAACAAGUGUAGUGGUAGUUUAGAGAUACAUAGCACCAUUUAUACGUACUUUCAGCCAUUGGCCACUAUAACAGAGAUAUAUAGCAUUUUCACGUACCCUUCGUUUUCUACAGGCUCUGUUGUAGAGAAUUGUGAUUAUUUCAUAGCAAUUGAGCAUACGUGAAUGUGAAAGUGCUAAAUCUCUCUAACAACUUAAAAGAGCAUCCCGCAAAAUGUCUGGAUGAUCUUUGAAAAAAAAUGUAGAACAAUCUGUGUAAAGGGAAUAAAAUUCUACGUGAAAUGGCAAUUGAAUUAUUUACCAAUUAUAAGACAAACCAAAAACAUAUUCAACAUAAAUCAGACGUGUAUGUCAGAUUAAAUCUCCGGGAAUAUAGGUAAUUCUCAAUUGAAACCGAUAUCGCAAUAUGAUCUACAAUUUUCGUUUUCUUUUAAUAUCGAGAAAUUAUACGAUAAUAAUUUUUUGUUAAAGUUACAUCUUUAUUUAAUUUUUAAAGAGCCGUAUACUUAUUAAACUUGCUGUUGAAGAUUAAAAUUAAUAACUUUAAUGAAUUAAAACUUAAAGUUUGCUCAAAUGUUAAAUAUAUAUGUAUUUGUUAUUGUAAUGUAUUUGCAAAUUGUUGUUCGAUGUAUGAUACUUGUAUUAGAUGUAGCUAUUAAAUGUGCAUAUUCAUGGUUUCUUCAUUUUCUGUGUAAUAAAAUGUUUUAAAACUUUA